UAUGGGUAAGUUCCCUUAAACUGAAACGUCCCUAUUAGACUAACGACUGGAACUCGUCAGAUAUACAUGUACAUGUGUUUGCUGCAGUUUGCAGGAAUUUGAAUCAACCACUGAUCCCGUCGACGACACCUUGCCCAAAGAAAAAGCGAAAAACAUAGUGAAAGUUGAUCGUGACCUAGUAAAGAAAGUCACUAACCUCGUCAUAGUUGACCCCAUUAUUCCUGACAGCAUUAAGGAGAUCAUACUUCUAUCAACCAUAUACUAAGGAAAAUUUCACAGAAUGGCGUCUGAACAAGUGAAAGAUCUUCAUAAUAAAAUGGUGGAUACUAUAAGCGAAAUGUUAGUUUAUAAAUCUGACUGCUGGGAUCGUCUUCUUGGCAAGUUAAACAAUAGUCCACUGACCCCGAAAGACAAGGGGUUAAUCAAUUCCAUACAGGAUCUGUUUGAAGGUCUCAUGGAUAAGGAAUACAUCGGAUAUGGUGACUAUGAGAAAUUGAGGAAAAAAAUGAGUGGAAUUCACAACCUUGCGGCAACUGAAGUAAUGAAAUAUGAAAAAAGGAUACAGAGACAGAUUGAAAUGGAUGAAGAAGAAUCACGGAAAAUCGGGAAAAGAAGAAGGUCGGAAAACGAAGAAGAAACUGGACGAAGACAGGAAGACCACAGAGCGAGGAAGAGAGUCAGACGUGAAUCUUUAGGUUCUAACAGGACAGUGACAAAAGAUGAAAAACGGAAAUUACACGGCGAUAUGGUCCGAGAACUAAACGAUGAGCUUGGCAGCGGUAUGGUAAAAAAUUGGGCAUCAUUCAAAAAUAACAUGAAAUAUAAACUGGAUUUCGGUGAAGCUGUACUGGGGGAUAUCACUGAUAUGUAUAGCGCCUGUAAAGAAAUGAUGGCCAAAGGAAAAAUCGAAAUUGGAAAAUACGAUAAGCUGAUAGAAGUUGUGGAAGAUGUCGACAAGAAGCUAGUUGAUAUCAUCAACAAGUACUUAGAGAAGAUGGGUAUCGAAUCGACCCCAUAACGGAGGCGCACAAGAUCUGAUUCUUUGCAGAUGACCGUUGCCAGAAAUAUUGGAUAUCAGCGGAUUUCAAAUGAUGUGAUUGACGUAAUGUCCGUUUGAAGAGGUAUUAAAAUAUACCACGUGGUUAGCGCCAACCGUCCGGUGUGUUUAAUGUCUUUGAUCCACACCAUACAUCACCAGGAAGUCUCAUUAUUAUACUUCAGAUAUUAUUGUACAUACUGCAACAGUUGCGAACUUGGUAUCUUUAAUGGCAGCUAGCUAUAAGUGAUAAAAGCUUAGUUAGAUAAAGCAUGGUGUGACUUCGGUAUACAUUGGUGAUCUCGAUAAAGAUAAAGGAAGCGAGAAGACGAAGUCAUGAAAACAAAGGGAUCAGCCCAACUUCUCUGGACAAUAAAGAUACAUUUAUAGCUUAAAUCUCAUUAGUGUUUGGACUGUUUAAUAGAUUGGAAAUUUACGUUAGGUUGCCUUUUAACUUAAAAGGUCUUGAACAACUUGGCAAAGAUCAUCUUGUUUUCCCCCAAGGUAAUGUUUAGUGAUCAUAAACUGAAAGUGCGUUUCGAGAUUUUGUCAAUGUUUGGCUUUUAAACCCUUUUGUUGCACAAAGCAACCAAAUCCUAUUUAAAUCAAGCUUUUGGAUGCCAGUCGCGUUAGUUGUUGCUAACAAGACACUGAUAAAACCUGGGAGAUUCGUGCUGCUUACUAAGCACUAGAUGAUUUAAAUAGGUAUAUGGUAAUUUCGGUGUUUUUAUUAAUGACAUUGCUUUUCUUUUUAGCUUUGUUUGUUUGUAUCUGCACAUAUGUAUACACACUCAUGAGGGUCGCCUGCGUAAUUGCUAUUUUUAUUAUACACCAGUGCAUUGAGUGACUAUCAUUUUAUUUUUGUCAAGCGUUACAUGUUGUAUAAAGUAGUAGGUUUUCAUCUUUGAAAAUUGUUUUAUAAUGCAUAGAUUUUUCUUGUCCUAUUAUUGUCUUAGAGACAAAUUUGAGUAUGUUUCGGGUACCUCGCAAUGCUCUCCGUCAAGCAUACUAAAAAUAGAUAAAGUAUUACCGAUACACAAUCUUACACCAUGGGAAUUGUGUAAGAACGCGUACUUAAGAAAUAAAGCUUCCUAUACAAACACACAAAUUGACUUACGGGAAGACAUGGGACCAGACGACCACAAAAAUGUCAUAGAUGCAGUGCAUGGAAUGGACACUUAUGUGUGUUGUGUACCGGCCUCACAAGUACAUAUCACGUGCUUACACAAAUUAAAAAAGAGUUACGCUCUGUCGAAUAAAUUAAUAUUGCAAAGGUAGUGCUCUUACUCUGUGAAAAUAGUGUUUUGUAAAAUAUUCCUAUGAAAAUGCAUGUAUAUGUGCACGUGAGAACGCCAUACCAAGCGAUAGUUUCUGGUUACAUACCUGACAUUUUUAUAUACCAUGUAUAAGCGGGCUGUGGAAUGAUGUUCCGUGUGUACAUGAUUGAGAGCAAUUUGGUUACAAAAAGGAACAAUAAAUGUUGGCAUUUUUCUGUUGAUACAGUUUUUAUAUCAUAACUUUCAUUUUUGAUAUAUGUUAAGGUAGCUAACUAUCAUUGUGUACAUGUUAUCCCCUUGCAGAAAGUUCCGAUAUUUUUUCAAGGAAGACAACUCUUAUCAGGUUCAUUUUUUUGGUAAAAUGUAAAAUAAAUGAAAAAUAGAGCAACUGUGUAUCUUUUAUUCAAGUUUUUACUCAUUUUGUACGAAACUGUAUAUCAUGUUUUCUAGUAGAUAGUCGCUUUUAUCCAUACAAUUUAAUAAAUAAAAUAAUUAACUUUUUAU